AUGGAAAUUAUUGAUGAAACUAAAAAUAAUCAGGAUGAGGAAAAAAAAGAAUAUGAUGAUGAAUUUGGGUUAUAUCGGAUGUGGUCAGCAAUAUCUUUCUCUGUAAUGCUUAUUGUAAUAGGAGUUCCCUUAUGGUGGAAAACUACUGAAGUUUACAGAGCACCACUACCAUAUGAUGAGAUACAUGCAUUAGACCCAUCGCAGACCGAAAUAAAAACAACAAUAUUUAUUUAUUCAGAAUACCCUACUCAUGCUAAUGCAAUAAUGCAGGGUUUAUCAAUAUCGUUCAAAAAAUUAAGUAUUUUCAAUGUAGACAUUAAGCCAUUUAAAAUUGAUAUUGAACCUAUAAGUUUUGAUGCUGUUGAAAAUUCUUCAGCUAUACACCCUACAAAAGCUGGACAGAUAUUGUUAGUGGAAGUACCUUCUUUGCCAUAUAAUGACAAAGUACUAGUUUCUACUAAUCGAAUAAUUUACUUCACCUAUAAUGAUGACUCUGAUUUAAUCGCACAAGUUAUCAUGCAGUGGUUCUUCGAAGAAAAAGCUCUGAUUAAUAAAGUCACAUCUAUCAUCUCACCUCAAAAAACCAAUAUUGGUGAAGAAAAUAGCAAUCGAUUAAGAGCUGCUCUAGGAUAUGAUGUCAUAUUUACUAUCAUUAAUUCUGAUCCAGAAAAUGUUAACUUCAGUUGGGAUGUAAAAAAUGAUGUGAAUGGAUAUAUGCAGCCACUUCUUUCUCAGAUUUCAAAAGUAAGUUCACAUGCAAUUAAAUCACAGUGGCUUUAUUUAAUGGAUCUUGGAGAAGUUCCUAGAAAGGACGAGUCUGGUUGGUACACUUACAAGUUUUCCCAGCUUCCUCACAUUAUUACACCUCUUGAGAAGAAGCUUGGAUCAGGAAUUUCAAAGAACCCAUGCAUACACAUGAUAUUGUAUGUGGCCGGAUGUUCAGUGAACCCUCUUUGCUUUCUCUCUUCUGACGAGUUGAGGGUGGAAGGGAUGAUGUCUCCUCAAUGGGGUGCAGUUCAAAUCCUUAAUCCAACCGAAGAAAACUGUGUAAACCAUACACAAGUUAAAUUUUCUCCUAAGGACAUAAUGUCUAUAUUUAUCUCUCAAUUUCAUGCUUUGCUCGGAAUUAGAGAAAAGGUUAGGAAAAAUGGUGUCAAUUUUAUGGCAUUAAAAGGACCAUCAUUACGUACCUGGGAAUUAGAUUCUCUUUAUAGAAUAAGGACAGUCGAACAGAUAACAUCUGCAUCUCUAACUCUACAGUCCCUUUCAAAGCUUCUUGGAGAGAUCAAUAAUAUAGUGAUAAACGAAGACGUUGCGAGUUCUAUAAAUGUUGCGGUUAGCAAUGUAAAGAAAGCAGUGACUGCUUUAAAGCUGGGUGAUCUCGACAAGGCUAUGGAAACAUCGAGUGUAGCAUUCGGUGCUGCGGAGACUGCUUUCAGUGAUCCAUCUUUAUUAUCUUUACUCUACUUCCCAGAUGAUCAAAAGUAUGCUGUGUACAUCCCACUCUUUCUACCUAUAAUGAUUCCAGUCAUAAUGUCAUUGAAGAGAACUUAUUCCUGGCUGGUUCAAAGAAAACUCACCACACACGAGAAGACUGAAUAG